AUGAGGUUUUUCAUUGGCAUACUGAUUGCGAGCUUACUGCUUAUAAAGUGCUCGGACGUCGUCUCGCGUCGUUUUGGCAGGACAGAACCCGAUCCCUGCAGCUCUACAGAACCAACCUCUACAGAAUCAACGAAUGAUUGCACGGAGGCGACUCCCGACUGUACCUCGUCCUCCACAGAAUGUGUGACAAUCCCCGAUCCCUGCAGCUCUACAGAAUCAACGAGUGAUAGCACGGAGGCGACUCCCGACUGUACCUCGUCCUCCACAGAAUGUGUGACAAUCCCCGAUCCCUGCAGCUCUACAGAAUCAACGAGUGAUAGCACGGAGGCGACUCCCGACUGUACCUCGUCCUCCACAGAAUGUGUGACAAUCCCCGAUCCCUGCAGCUCUACAGAAUCAACGAGUGAUAGCACGGAAGCGACACCCGACUACCAGACCCACAAAACCCACAAAACCCGCAAAGUUCACAAAACCCGCAAGAUCCACAAACCUAGCAAGAUCCGCAAAACCCGCAAAAUUCACAAAACCUGCAAACAGACUGCUCCCAAAAAAUGCAUCCCAGCCCCAAAGUCCUGUUUGUUACCGAUCGCUAGACCAAAGCCCUGCCGCCCCAAGCGCGAACCCAAGCGUGAACCCAAGCGCGAACCCAAGCGCGAACCCAAGCGCGAACCCAAGCGCGAACCCAAGCGCCACUGCAACUAG